UGUACAAGUGAUAAUUACCAAUCUGGUGGCAAUUACAAUGUAAACUUGUGAAGCUACCUCUCAUUAUAUAGACAUCUUGUGAUCACCACCACUCUCCACCGCAAUGACAAACCACAUGAAAACCAAAAUCCUGGUUGUUGCUUAUCCCACCCAAGGCCAUAUUAACCCAUCCCUCCGUUUCGCCAACCGUCUUGUUAAGUUGAAUGUCGAUGUCACCUAUUCCACUAGCGUUUCCGUCAUACGACACAUUGACAUACAAACCACCCAUCAUGGCAUAACCUUUGCCCCAUUUUCUGAUGGAUACGACAAUGGCCUACAACCAACUACCACCGGGCAACAAUUCUACUCAGAUUUUUCUACUAAAGGUGUUUCUGCUAUCGCGGAAAUCAUUAAAUCCGCGGCUGCAGCAGGUCAGCCAUUUGACCACUUAGUCUACACCAGUGCUAUACCGUGGGCUGCAAAAGUGGCUAAUGCCCACAAUCUAGAAUCCACUCUCCUAUGGAGCCAAGCAGCCAUUGUUUUGGAUAUUUAUUAUUACUAUUUUAACGGCUAUCAAGAUUUGAUAUCUUGUAACAACAACCCAAUGUUUUCGAUCAAUUUACCGAGACUUCCAUCGUUAACCAUCGCUGAUUUGCCGUCUUUUAUGUUGCCAUCCUGUCUCAAGGAACAUAAAUUUAUUCUGGAAUCUAUGAAAGACCAUCUUGAUGUACUCAAGAUAUCUUCAAGACUACUAGUGAACACUUUUGAUGAACUUGAAGUUGAGGCCAUUAAAUCAAUUGAAAAACUUGUGGUGUUCCCAGUUGGACCUCUUGUUCCAUCUGAAUUCUUAGAUGGAAAUGGCCAAUCGUACAAUUCAUUCGGUUGCGAUUUAUUUGAAAAACCAGUGGAAGAUUAUAUCAAAUGGCUAAACGCGAAGCCAAAAUCGUCAGUCGUGUAUGUUUCAUUUGGAAGUUUGGCGACUUUAGCGAUAGAUCAGGUGGAGGAGAUUGCAUCAGGGUUGGUUGAAAGUGGCCGACCUUUUUUAUGGGUGAUUAGAGACAGUGACCAAGUGGGGAAAUUGAGCAAGAUAGAGGAACUUAAAAAACAAGGGAUGAUAGUGAGUUGGUGUUCUCAGGUGGAGGUAUUGACCAAUCAAGCAAUUGGGUGUUUCGUGAUGCAUGGCGGGUGGAAUUCAACGGUGGAAGCGUUGGCGGCUGGUGUUCCAACUAUUGUGUUUUCACAAUGGUCGGAUCAGGCGACCAAUGCGAAGAUGACUGAGGAUUUUUGGAAAAUAGGUGUCAAGGUGAAAAAGAGGGAGGGUGAUGGAAUGGUUGAAGGGAAGGAGAUUAAGAGGUGUGUGGAAAUAGUGAUGGAAGAUGGAGAGACGAGGAGAAACGCUGAGAAAUGGAAGGAGUUGGCAAGACAAGCUCUUGGUAAUAGUGGAUCAUCGGCCCUCAAUCUCCAAGCUUUUGUCGAUGAUGUUCGAAAUAAGACAACAAUUUAUAAGAAUAGUCAUGACGAACAUGUCGAGAAAGGCUAAUUUUUAAAGCCGGGAGUCUUAAUGGGAGCAACCUCUCUAUCUUUUGGGAUAGAUGAAAGGUUUCCCCCAUCUUACCCCCGACCCUUCCAAUAGCUUAUGCUACAAGUAGAAUUUUAAGUUUGUUUGUUUGUUUGUUUAGUCAAGACCAACAUGUAUGGCUAGAUUGGUUGAUAUCACUAUCCUUCUUUCUGAAAAAUUUAGAUUAUAGAAUGUGGUUAUAAUAGGAAUAUGUCAUUUAAUUUUUAAUUUACAAUAGGGAUUAUAAACAUCACUUCUUUCU